AACCUUUGAGAACUUUCCAGAUUCUCGCCCCACUACAAAUUGCGCACCAAACUUCAUCGUCCCCGAUCAUCUUCUCUUCCAAACCCACAAGCAAAAAUCCAGAAAAUUCUCUCUCUAAAGUCUCUCUCUCUCUCUCUCUCUCUCUCUCUCUCUCUAUAGAUAUCUCUAGAUUUCCAACGAUGCCGAGCCGAAACCCAGGAGUCAUAGCCCAGGACUGGGAGCCGGUGGUCCUCCAGAAGAAGCCCAAUAAGGCCAGCGCCCUCCGCGACCCGAAGGCGGUGAACCAGGCGAUGCGGUCGGGCGCGCCGGUCCAGACCAUCAAGAAAUUCGACGGGGGCUCGAACAAGAAGGCGGCGCCGGUGGUCAGCGUGAAGAAGCUCGAGGAGGCGGCCGAGCCGGCGGCGCUGGAGCGGGUCUCGAUGGAGGUGCGACAGGCGAUACAGAAGGCGCGGCUGGAGAAGAAGAUGAGCCAGGCGGAGCUGGCGAAGCGGAUCAACGAGCGGCCUCAGGUGGUGCAGGAGUACGAGAACGGGAAGGCGGUGCCGAACCAGGCGGUGCUGGCGAAGAUGGAGAGGGUUCUGGGAGUUAAGCUCCGGGGCAAAGUUGGGAAAUAGAAAAAGUCCUGUUAGGGUUGUUUUGUGUCGUGAACAUGAUGUUGUCUGUUGUAUGGGGGCGUGUGUAUAUGGGGUCUGUUUUGGUUGGUGUCCAGAGUUAAGAACUGGGUGUGGUGAUCAAAACUAUUAGGAAUGUACAAAGAUGCAAAGGAUAUGUAGUAGGCUGAAAUCGCCAAUGGAUUUCAUGAAAUUAAUGGAAUUUGACGUUUUCGGUGGCAAAA